AUGGUGAUGGCAGGUGGGUCCUGGGUUUCUGAGCUGCUAAGUCAGUCAGGGACACAUGUGGGGCAAUCCAUGUUCAGUGGCACCCAUGGCGGUGAGGAGGGCUCUGCUCAGAUGUGGAAGGCCCUCCCAUACUUCUUAGCGCUCCCCGAUGUGGGGAGUAUGCUAAACGUCUUCCUGAAGUCACAUCACAGAGAGCAUGGAGAGCCCCAAGUUCAUCGCCUACCUCAUUCCUGCACCAGGUCAAAGCCCUUUCCCAGGCGAGAUGAUAGUCACACUCUAUUCCAUAAUUCUCACAUGAAUCCACUUCCAACCACCUAUGAAAAUGAGUAA